AUGUCCAAAUUUAAAGUAAAGUUUAAGAUUAAGUUUCAGGUUCUAGUUCUAGUUGCAAUUGUAACUUUUAUCUGUAUCGAAGAAGCUACAUUCUCCUUAAAUGGUUCCUAUGAUACCAGAAUGGAUGUGAUGCGUCUGCGUGCCGACCAUUUGACUCACACGGACAAUGGCCAAGGAAAUCAAGAAUUUUGGCAAUCCGUUUUCGAUUUAUAUAAUGAGAACAAGAUCACUGAAGAUGAACGGUCAUGGAUUCAAUUGAAACCAGGAAUGAGUCGAAAUUUUGGAAAAAGCAGAAAAUCUUUAUUGAAAAGGUGUACAAUCAAAGAAGAACAUCUUAAGGCAAUCCAAGAAAAGCAUAGCAACAUAGUGGAAAACCUUCCUAAUGAACUUGCACCAUCCACCUAUAAGAAAGGUUCCAGGGGAAUAGUAAUAAUUGGAGGAGGAUUCUUUUCUUGGUUGUCAAUGUUAACUAUUGUCCAACUUCGAGAACUUGGUUCCGAAUUGCCAAUUGAACUUGUCCUCCCCAACCAAUCGGACUAUAAUGAAAAUCUUUGCGAAGUUGAACUUCCGAAAUAUAAUGACAAAUGUAUGAUUAUUUCAGAUGUACUAGGAUUGAAUGAAACUGCACUCAACCUUCAAAAAUAUCAAUACAAAGGGAUUGCACUCUUGGCCAAUUCCUUCCAACAUGUUUUCUUGUUAGAUUCGGAUAAUUUCCCCGUAACAAAUAUUGACAAAUAUUUUGAUUCACCAGUCUACAAAGACCAUAAUAUGGUUUUGUGGCCAGAUUAUUGGAAACGCUCAAUCUACCCAUUGUAUUACGAUAUAGCCAAAAUCCCCGUUACCAUUAAUAAACAAACCAGGGUGGGUACGUUGCCACUUAUAGAUCCUAUAGAUCUCACACAACGAGAAGCAAGUGCAGCCACUUUCCAUGAUUUAGACGGAGCAAUACCCGACUUUUCAACCGAAUCAGGUCAGUUGUUAGUUAACAAGAGAACGCACGGCAAGAUGUUGCUAUUGGCAUUAUAUUAUAACAUCUUGGGACCUGAUGCGUACUAUAAAUUAUUUAGUUUAGGGGCAAGAGGUGAAGGAGACAAAGAUACGUUCCCAGCAGCCGCUCUUGCGACUUAUUCUACGUUCUAUCAGGUCAAGUCAUACAUUUCCCUGUUUAAUCUAGAAUUGGACAAUGGUGAGAUAAAAGGAACCGCCAUGGGUCAACACGACCCACAAUUGGAUUAUGAAUUAUAUAACACAGAAUAUGAGAAGCUUCGAAACGAUCCAGAGAAUCAAGGAAAGAAUUUGAAACAACAAACUGAGAUUCUUUCAAAUUUUUACAAGGAGCACUUUUUUAAAGUUGAGAAAGUGCCAAUCUUUAGUGUCCAUUGUCAUAUUUGGAAAAUCGAUCCUGCUGAUUAUUUGAAUCGAAAAGAAAUUUAUGAUAAUGGAUCAAAUCGUCUUAAGAAGAGAAUGUACAAUAGCUUUAAGUAUAAGAAUGAAGAUCAAGAAAUAGAUUUUGAAUUGCAGCGGUGGAAAAUUGCAAAUAAGUUGGCAUGCGAAGAUAGAAUACCUUUUACGAAUUUCGAGAAUACGGAUAUGGAUCGCGUUUGUCAGUUUAUGAAAAAUACAAUAGAUUGGCUAAAAGGAAAUUAA